UCUUCGGUUGCUUCUUCUUCAAGCCCAGGAUAGACAUUGUGGCGAGCGAGCUACCAGACAAGUCUGUGGAAGUCAGUCCAAAUGAGUAAACCACUCGCUCAAACGUGAUUUUGAGAGUGCAGCUGGAAGAAGAGGCCUGUUACCUGGGAACGAAGCGUGGAGCUCAGCACACCGACACAACUCGGCACAGGCGCUGUUGGACUCGGGCAGACCGAUGCUAAGCUAAGUCACAGUGGACAAUGUUCACUUUCAAUUAUGCCGUGAAACCGCACCAAAACAACUUUUCGGUCCGUCGGAACUUUUCCGAAGUCUCCAUGCUCGAACAACGAGUGUGGAGUUGUUCCAAAAAGCACUUUAAAGCAAGUGAACGAUGUCCUCGGCGGCUAGCUUGUUAGCAUGCAGUUAAAUUCAGGACUUUCCAGAAGAUUUUUUUGUUUUGACUCCCAGUCGCUCCAGUUGGGAAUGCGACACCGCGCAUGUGCAAAACGCUGGCCAUGCAACCUUCACUUCAUAUCGGAAAUUGGCCAGCAUAUACUAACGAGCUCUACUUAAUUAAUAUGGAAAGGAAAGGUGAAAUGAUGGUAUGUUCAGACGAAUCAGUUUAAUAUUAUGGAUUGUGCGUGUCUGAAAUUUGCUCAAGUCCCAUGAAGGAGAACGAGGGAAAGUCCCACGGCAGAUUGUUUUCAAGGGACAUUGAAGGCACCACCUUCAAAUCGCUUCCUGUUUCGGAGGCGAGCUUCAUGUGUUUAGAACUCUUGGAACCAGCUGCUUAUUCUUACUAUUCAUUAACCCGACCAUCGACCCGCUUCUGCUCUCAUGAAAUGUCUGCUGUGAGCAAGUCUUUGGAAGACGUCAGAGCAGUCAUCCUGUCAGCGCAUGAGAAGGUCACCGCGGAGGAGAAGGCCACCUUUUACAACCGCUGGGCCCAGACCUACGAUCAAGAUGUUACUGCGAUUGAGUACCAAGCGCCUCGGCUGGCUGCCGACAGCAUCGCGGCCCAUUUCAGCGGAGACCGUGAGCGAGCCCAGGUGUUGGAUGUGGCCUGCGGAACAGGACUUGUAGCCCGGCAGCUGAAAGGUCACGGAUUCGGGCGAUUCUCUGGAGUGGACGGGAGCGAGAUGAUGCUGAAGAUGGCAGAAGGGACCGGCCUGUACCAAGGUCUCCAGCUGUGCUCGCUGGGCGAGGAGCCGCUCCCCGUCCAGCCAGGUCUGUUUGACGUGGUUGUGAUCGUGGGAGCUCUGAGUGUCGGCCAAGUGCCCGUCUCUGUGAUUCCAGAACUCUGCCGAGCAACAAAAGCUGGUGGCUGUGUUUGCAUGACUACCAGGAGCAACCCGGACAACCUGGACUACAAAAGUGCCCUGGAGAAGGAGAUGAAGGCGCUGGAGGAGGAGGCAGCGUGGACGUGUGAGGGGGUCACUGAGGUGCAGCAGUGGGAGCGCGCCGUGUCCGAGCACGAGGACGGAUACAUUUCCGGUGCCGUUUACCUCUACAGGAAACUUUAGCUGCCCACAGAACGGGCUGACUGCGCGUGCUCGCUGAUGGAAGCCGUCCACACUGUGGCGCUGUUGCGUGUGCUGAAUAAAACGAUGUCCGUGUAACGCGACAGCUUCUGAUCUCAUUGCUGGCGACAGGCAACAAUGGAGACGCUUCCUGGGGAGUGACAGGUGAUGUGGCAGCUGGUGAGUGUUCAGUGAACCGUUCGGAAGCUCGUGGAGAGGAAGUCCCAGCUGUUCGGCAGAUGAUGAAUCCGUGGAUGUGCACGACAGAUGCCUCGUCCAUCACCAUGAUCACGUCUGUCAUCGUGCUACACCGUGGUCCUCACAGAGACGUUUCACUCCUGCUGUCAUCGGUCUCCAGCUCCAGAGGCACACGCGCGUUUAAGCCACGCCUCCCGUGACUCCGGCAUGUCCUGGGUCUGCCCCGGGGCCUCCUCCCACUGGGCACGCCGGAGGCACCUCACCACGGAGGAAAGGUCCCAGCACCCUGAGGCUUCUCACAGGGCCUGAAAUGGACCAGUUUUCUGGGGGAGGGUCAUGAUUCGUCACCAUUUUUUUGUUAGAUCUAUUAAUUGUAGAGGAGUCAUUUUCGUUUUCUUUCUUAAAUAAUUUGCGUACAGUUUCAGAA